GCACUAACUGAGCCGGUCGGUCCUGACAAGAACACCGAAACACUCGCAUCCACUCUAACAUGCUUGAGCCAACUAAUGAUACCCACUUGCUUCAAUGAGGAAAACAUAGAAAGUGCCGGAACUUCCGCAGGACUUCCACUUGUGCCGGCGAUACCUGCUGUCGAUGUUGCAUCGUUGACCUAUGAUGGUUUGUUCGACACUUUGGCAUCGCUCCAAAAAACUUUUGGAGCGGACGAGUUGACCUCUUUUGUCGUGGUGAUACAGCUGUUGAAAGCAUCUGCAAAGAAUGAUGAAGAGAGAGUGAUUGUCGAUACGGUAGCAUCUGGAUUGGAGCGCAUUUACAGUCUGAAUUUCGAGACUGAUCGAAGUGAACGCACAAAGAAGUUGAUUUCCGAAAAGAUGAAGCUGAAACGAUUGUUUGAGACGUCUGAACAACGCGAACAUCGUCUACAACGAAUGAAAGAACGAUAUCGACAGCAAAGGGAUUCAUCGAGCGGUAGUAAACCGGACAGACGUCGGAGAGAAUAUCGCAGCGAAACGGCAUCCCCAGCCGACCCGGAUGAUUUGGCUGCUCAAGCGAAAGAAGAGCGAUUAAGAAGAUUGCGUGACUAUCAAAGGAAACGACUGCUGAACGAGAAACCCGAGCAACGGGCACGACGACUGGCAAAAAUGCGCGAAAAUCAAAAGUUACGUCGCGCGCGACAAAUGGCAAGUCGUAAUGUCGUCACGGCAGCCAGUAUGGACUUCGUCCGUUCACUGGCUCCGGACUACGAAAUUCCAGAAGCAGGAGAUCUGGCCGGUCUCGUUGACGCCGAACAGCAGCAGCAACAGCCCGAAGAAGAACAGCAGCAGCAGCAGUAA